AUGGCUAGUAUUGCAUUCCCCCAGUAUUCCAAACACCUCACCCUCUCAACAACACACACCUACAAUUAUGUGUACAUCCCCGCCGUCAAACCCUCUUUCCCAACAAUUCUAUUUCUACACGGAUUCCCCUCUUCAAGUUAUGACUGGCGCCACCAGAUCACCUUCUUCGCAGCCCAGGGCUACGGGGUCCUGGCUCCAGACCUACUAGGCUAUGGUGGCACUAGCAAGCCCGCUGCAGUGGAGGGGUACAAGACCAAGAAAAUGGCGGCGGAGAUCACAGAGAUCCUCGAUCACGAAAACUUAGCCCGUGUUCACGCUGUCGCCCAUGAUACGGGCAGUAUACUUCUUUCUCGACUGGUGAACUAUUUUCCCGAAAGAAUUCAUUCAUGCACGUUCCUGGCUGUCCCGUAUUCCCAACCGGGGACACAUUUUGAUCUUGAUGCUGUGAAUGCGAUGACCAAGCAGCUUCUCGGCCACGAACAUUUCGGAUAUUUGAGGUUUUUUGUUAGCGAGGGGAGUGGAGACUUGUUGGAUGAACAUAGCGAAUCCUUCUCCACUUUGUUUUAUCCUGCAGAGCCUGAACUAUGGGAAACGCACGUUGGUCCUACGGGAGCACUGGAGUCAUGGAUUCAAGCUGAUUACCGAGGACCACUAGCACCCUACAUUACAGACGAGGAACGCAUGAUCCACCAGAAAAUAAUGAAAGGACACCAUUCCUCUGCACUAAAUUGGUAUCGCGCAUUAGUCUGGAACAUCAACGAGAAAGACGAGGUCGAGGAUGCUCUGCCGGUGAAAAUAUCGCUUCCAGUGAUGAUGGUCACUGCGGCUCCGAGCUUAGUUCAGUUACCUGGUGCGGCGGAGCAGAUGAAAGCUGUCGCUGAUGAUUUGACUGUCAAAGAAGUCAGUACACGAGGCCAUUGGAUGCCGUUGGAGGCACGGGAUGAGGUUAAUUCGAUGUUGAAAGAGUUUUUUGAGAGAAGAUGA